UCGUAUAUGUAUUUAAUAUUCUACAAUAAUGAAAACAUAUCACAAAAAUGUGACAUAGUAUUUUCAGAUGUUAGGUGUAAAAUAUGCAAUUUAUUCCUUUGAUGGACUAAUUAUAUGUUUAUGCCUCGGUUAUGUAAUGCCAUUGGGCAACAAUACUGCAACGCGGACAAGAAAACUAUCAUUUGACGUAAAAGGUAAAUCACCUGUUCAAAGUAGCGUUCCGGACAAACGUCAAUUUUUAACUAUAGCAGCUGCCUUACCAAUUUUGCCAGGUGCACCAGUACCUCCUAAGCUAUCUAAGCGUUCUUACAAUUCACUUAGUUCUGCUGGAACCCAGUUUGACACUGAACAUGCAGAAGUUGAAAGAUGCAAUGUGGUCACGUUGCAAAGAACAGGAGAAACAAGAACAAUUGUGGCAUCAAGAACUCCUGCCGAAAGAGAAAAGAACCCUGACAGAAUAUGUCUCGAUAGGCGAGGUCUGACAACGUUCCCGAAUGUGAUUGGGGAACCAAAAUUGCGAUUACUGUCCCUUCAGCAUAAUCUUCUGACAAAGAUAGAGAGUUCUAAUUUCUCUCAAUUCACGAAGCUUGUGUUUCUCGAUUUAUAUGAUAAUCAAAUAGAAAAAAUAUGUGAUCUUCACUUUUUGGAAAAUUUAAGAGUGCUUUUAAUAGGAAAGAACAGAAUAAGAAGGAUUGAGGGUUUAAAACAACUUUCCAAAUUAGAAGUCUUGGACUUUCAUGGCAAUCAAAUUCAACAAAUUACCGGUUUAGAAGAUUUAACAUCAUUGAAAGUGCUGAACUUAGCGGGAAAUAAUAUUAAGAGUAUAGGUUGCAAUGAUUUUCAAGGUCUGACGUCGUUAAAAGAACUGAAUCUGCGUCGAAAUAAACUGAAAAAAUUGUUAGGAUUUGGUGAGACGCCACAAUUGCAAAAAUUAUAUUUGAGUAACAAUGACAUUCAUAGAAUUGAGGAUAUGAGUAGCCUCGCAAAGGCUUUACAAAUUAAAGAAAUAACGAUAGAUGGUAACCCAGUGACCUUAAAUACAGAUUAUAUCUCUUUUCUCGUGUCUUAUUUGCCAAAUCUGCAACUGUUAUCAACGAUGCAAAUUAGCGGACAAUUUCGGAGAACAGCAAUGGCUUGGAGAUUCUCCAAGGAACAAACCAAUUCGGCGUUUCUCGAUCUCAGCGCACAGGUUUGCAUGAACGUACGUAGAGAAGAAGUGAUAUCAAACGCUAAAACCAAUUGGGAACUUCUCAGAUCUAGAACAAAACUUACCGCCGACAGUGCGAAUAAAGCGAUGGGUAAAGAUUCAGGCAACAAUAUUAACGUACUGCACGCACAAAGUAUAUCGAGCAAAUUCAAUACUAUAAACUCAAAGAGUCUGGACAAGGCUAAAACGAAAGGCUUCGGCAGCUUAACGUCGAUAAAUGAAAAUGUGGAAGCAAAAAAAAUACACAUAAAAAAGAGAAGCAGUUCCAGCGACAAUUUGUUCAAAUUAGAUGACGCUAAAUCAUUUCCUCUGGAGUUCAAACUCCCGCCUAUCUUGGGUUCGAUAGUAGACAGUCUAACGAGUGGUAAAUUAGAGGAUAGAUCAUUCAAAGAUAGCAAAGAAAAAAUGUUGAGUGACAAUGAAAAUACAUCCGAUAGCGAUUUAGACAGCUCGGAGAGUCAUGAGAGUUUGAAGAGUGGUUUGAGAUAUCACUUGUUCACCGCCAACGGUUCGUCUGUGGAUUACGACAAAUCUGCCACCUAUAAGAAACUGUCUCUAAUAAAUCACACUUCAUUCGCUAUGGAAAAUAAUCACGAAAAUCAUAACAACGAAAAACAUUUACACGCUAAAACAGCUGUCACAAGCGAAAAGUCUUUGAAAUACUCUGAUGCGAUAAGCGAAAAUGAAAGUUUUUUGAGCAACAAAGUGGUCGAAGAAACUAGCGGUAUGGAUAGUUGCAGUAAGUCGUUGUUGAGUGAUCUUAGCACUUCGUCGAUUUCUAAGAACGUGGUUUGCGAAAAGUCUCACGACAAGGAUAGAAUCAAAAGUGCUCAGCCAAAGAAAGUGGUGUAUUACAAGAGCAACAGAGCCGCGACCGCCAGAGCGAAAUUUCGAGCACUGGCUUUGCCAAGUCCGCCACCUCAACAGGCACCACCUAGAGAAAGGGAACAGGGCGGGGAUUAUUUGAUAGAAAUUGUCGGUCGAUGUCUGAACAUUUACGGCCAAGGCGCAUUGCGCUUCAUAGAUAGAACUUGGGACACCUCGAAAGCUCAAGACGUUAAUGUCGUGAAAUUUAAUUACGUGCAAUUUAACGAUGUGGCGAAAGUUUUAAGUAAACUAAAAACUAGAUUUUCUCACGCGGAACAUUUUGUAUUUAAAGAAACUAACAUUAGUCUUCUCGGCCAGCUGAAUGCUUUAGCCGAAGUACAGGGAUUGACAAGCAUACAAAUAGACGGAGGGAAUCCUGUUGUGUCCAAGGAUUGGAAGACGUACGCCAUAUUCCGACUAGCUCAUUGGGGACUCACGGUUAUUAACGGCAAGGAGAUCACAGCCGAAGAGAUCGAACUUGCGAAUCAGGAAUAUGCCGGUCUUAUAGACAUAGUAAUAUGUUCACUGCCAGACUCCCUGUUGCAACCUCUGUUGCAAAGACUUCAUUUGGAAAAGGUGCAGAAACAAAGCGGGGAGCAAAUUACUGCCAAACAGUUUCUGUUCAAUUGCGAUCCCGCGCUUCGAAGCGUCGUCGCGAAGGAAGCGUUACAGUGGAGAAAGGGAAGCGUGACACAGGAAGAUCUUAUCUGGCGGCACAAGGGGAAAGUACACUUGCUAAAUUUGAUUAAUCUCACUGUAAAUGCCAUACACAAGUUACAAAUUUUAGAGAAGCAAUGGCCGUGCGUUCUUCACGACGUUAUUUAUAGUACCCUGUCCGAUUUUUCGGAAAUGGACGCGUACAUGAAACGUUGCAGCUUAACACUCGAAGGCAAUAAACAAUGAUCGUGCCUCAAAUGAAAUUUUUAUCGUGACACUUGCGUAAGGCAGCACGAUCUUCGACUUGCUCGAAUUAAGUAGAAGUGUGUAACGCAUGUUAUUAUCCCAUGACGUUGUCGUCAUUUUCACGUUUUACUGAGGAUAUACAAUUUGUACGUACACCGACCAAGAAUCAAAUUUUACAUUGUUUUGUUCCAUGAAUGUAUAUUGAAUAUAUAUAUAUAUAUAUAUAUAUAUAUAUGUGUUUGCUAUAGAGUUGAUAGUUGUGUAAUAAAUUCUAUAUAUAAACAUUGUUAAGAGUGUUUGUUUAAUAUAUAGAGACGUAAAUGAUGCGUGUGUAUAAACUGAAUAUGUUAGUAUUAAAGUAAGAUCUUCGAUUGAAACAAUGAUGUGUCGUCGUUUCGUCCCCACGCAAGAUCUUGCUUUAAACAUUGGCCGCGUUCAGCAG